CCAUCAGACCUCAAGAUCACAGGCAUGCAGCCGCACAAGAUGCUUCUGACGCAUCAGCUACCACAUCAACCACCCCACCAACGCAGAUCUGGCUAAGUGAAGAUGCAUCGGCAGUCAGCUCCGCGUCGCUGGUUGCCGGCUGAAGAGAAUCAGCUGCAUCACCUCCGCGUCGUCGAACACCAAACAUGGGCCCAAAUUGCUCAAGCUCUAGACCGCACUACACCGGCUGUUUCGUUACGAUGGUACCAGCUCCAGAAUGCGCAGUCCUCUUCUCUACAAGAUUGGGACUCAAACAUGGACGAGCAAAUCAUCGACGGUCGACGUCGCGGCCAGAAGUCCAGUGAGAUAGCCCGUGAGAUGAAACUGCCGACUGAAGCGGUGCAAGGCCGCUGGGCCGAGUUGCUUCAGCAAAAGAAGGUGCCCGCGGACGUCUUGGCGAUCAGAAAAAGGAGGGGACCGGUGCAGUGGAGCGAAGCGGAGGAUGAGGCUAUAAUGCAGGCGUGGGUGAACGGACAUGAUGAGCGGGAGAUCUUCCAGAUCGUGAAGCUCGAGGGGAAGCAUCAGGGUGAUGUUCUCAAUCGAAGGAGGCUCUUGGUGAGGGAGAGGGGCGCCAUAUAUCAGCGCUCGAUGGCGGGGAAGAUCAAGUUUGAGCCGUAGGCGUUGGAUAAGGCCUUGGAUUAGAAAAGGUUUGGCUGGAGGUGUAGAGAAAACUGGCUUUGGCGGUGUCGAGCGUCAUGUUCCAGUCUUUGCAAGGCUGAAUGCUUGGUCUCUGGCGAGCGAAAGGGUUAGGGUUAGUAAUCGAAGACAAUGAGUACCAUCUGGCGUGACAAUGGAGUCAAUUACGAGGGCACGAGCCAUGACGUGCGCUCUCGUCUUCCACGGG